AUGCUCGCAGACGGGCUUGAUCUAAGGAAGUGGGUGGGUGCCACAGCCCCUCAUCAUAUUUUGGAUGUGGUAGACAUGUCACUGAAGCAAGAGGCACAUUCAAGUGGUGCUAUAGAGAAUCUAAAGCAAUGCUGUGUUCAUCUGGUCGAUGCAGGAAUGAUGUGCACAGAAGAGAAUCCAGAAAGCUGUUAUUUUGAUUUUAAUGAAUUUUCAGGAGAAACUAUUAAUUCGGAGGAGGAGAGCGUAUGUAAUAGAAAUCAACAAGUUUCCCCAUCUCAGGGGCCAACACUGCCCAUUUUGCAGAAAAUUAUCAAUUUAAGUGAUAACAUUCAGAAUUUGAAGAAAGAACACUCAAAUCUCUCUAAUCAAGUAAAGACUGCCAAGGAUUCCUUUCUUGGCCCCAAUAUUUUAGACACCCUUCAAAAACUCGAGGCUGUUUUUGUACAAACUAAACCAAUAGUCGCUUCAGUUUUGGAUGGCUACAAUGUCUGCAUAUUCGCCUAUGGACAAACUGGAACUGGAAAGACAGUUACUAUGGAGGGCAGCCCAGAAAAUAGGGGAGUGAACUACAGAACAUUGGAUGAGUUGUUCUCAAGAGAGAAGUGGCAUUAUGAGAUAUGGUCCUUUUUGUUGGAGAUAAAACAAACAGCUGAAGGAACACAAGAAGUCCCAGGACUUGUUGAAACUCGGGUGACUGGCAUGGAGGAUGUGUGGGAUUUACUCAAUUCUGGAAGUCGGGCCAGUUUGUUGCGAGUAACAGUGAAAGGAGAGAAUUUAAUAGAUGGACAAAAGACAAGAAGUCACCUAUGGAUGGUCGUUUUGGCUGGCAGUGAACGUGUGGGAAAGAUUGAUGUUGAAGGUGAAAGAUUGAAGGAAUCACAAUUCAUUAAUAAAUCUCUUUCAGCACUUGGUGAUGUUAUAUCUGCCCUCGCAUCUAAAACUGGCCACAUUCCUUUCAGGUCUUUCUCUCACACAGUCACUCUUGUAACAUGGUAUCCAAUUACCAUAUUAAUGAAGAUAUUUGUUUUCUUCCAAUCAGGAACUCAAAGCUAA